AUGGCUACCGUGAAAAAGUCUGCAACCGUUCGGGCCCACCCUCCAGCAAUCAAGAUGGUGGUUGCCGCUAUCGUGGCACUGAAGGGGAAAAACGGUUCGUCCAGUCAAGCCAUCAGAAAGUACAUCAAGGACACAUUCCAAGUCGACAUGGACAGGCAGGCCGUUUUCAUCCGAAAAGCCCUCAAUACCGGUGUGCAGAAGGGAGUUCUUAUCCAGACCAAGGGCAAGGGAGCUUCCGGUUCAUUCAAAUUGGACCCAGCAAAGGACAAGGCCAAGGAACAGGCGGAGAAGGUCAAAGAACGAGCCAAGGCCAAGAAAGAGAAGGAUCAAGCAAAGAAAGCAGAGAUGAAAGCCAAGAAAGCAGAGAAAGCCGCAGCCAAGAAGGAGAAGGCCAAGAAAACCAAGAAAACCAAGAAGAAGACUCCAAAGAAAAUCGUCAAGAUGACACCCACCAAGAAAGUUGCAGCCAAGAAAACAGCAGCCAAGCCAUCAAAGAAAGUCGCCAAGCCCAGCAAAGCCGCAAAGAGUCCAAAGCCAAAGUCUGCAACCGUUCGGGCCCACCCUCCAGCAAUCAAGAUGGUGGUUGCCGCUAUCGUGGCACUGAAGGAGAAAAACGGUUCGUCCAGUCAAGCCAUCAGAAAGUACAUCAAGGACACAUUCCAAGUCGACAUGGACAGGCAGGCCGUUUUCAUCCGAAAAGCCCUCAAUACCGGUGUGCAGAAGGGAGUUCUUAUCCAGACCAAGGGCAAGGGAGCUUCCGGUUCAUUCAAAUUGGACCCAGCAAAGGACAAGGCCAAGGAGCAGGCGGAGAAGGUCAAAGAACGAGCCAAGGCCAAGAAAGAGAAGGAUCAAGCAAAGAAAGCAGAGAUGAAAGCCAAGAAAGCAGAGAAAGCCGCAGCCAAGAAGGAGAAGGCCAAGAAAACCAAGAUAACCAAGCAGAAGACUCCAAAGAAAAUCGUCAAGAAUCCACCCACCAAGAAAGUUGCAGCCAAGAAAACAGCAGCCAAGCCAUCAAAGAAAGUCGCCAAGCCCAGCAAAGGCGCAAAGAGUCCAAAGCCAAAGUAUAAAGCUAAGCCUUCUCCGGUGUACCAGUCAUCAGUGGAUGGCGCAGAGAUUGGUGUCUUCGAAGAGUCCCACAAGGUAUGCCUCGCUUGCUUCUUGAAGCGCCAUCACCGCGGAGCUCUGGAAUCGCAGUUCGGUCUUGAAGUCUUGCGCUAUUUCACGGACCAGUCUCUGGAAGGGAAGUUUUCGGAUAAGCAGCUCUGUACUUUUCUGAGGGGUGUUGACGGUGGGGGGACCGCCGCAGUAAUUAUCCCUACCUUCCCCUCGAACUGCGUGCCGCCCCCGCCCGCCGCUGGUGGUCCACCCCCGCCCAGAAUGCUCCGCUGA